AUGGCGUCACAGGUUAAGACAGGUGUCUUUCAAACACUCGAGACAGUCUCCGAGGCGAACAUCAUCAUCCGAGACAAGAUAUACGGCGAGCAUAGCAUCACCGAACCUGUGCUUAUACAUCUACUCCGAAGCCCCGAGCUAUUACGCCUCAAAGGUAUCUGUCAACACGGAGUCACUACAUUCCUCGGCUUCGGCCCCAAAGUCACCCGCUUCGAGCACUCAGUCGGUGCAUUUCUACUAGUGCGCGCAGUUGGAGCCAGUGUCGAGGAGCAGAUUGCCGCCCUGCUCCACGAUAUCAGUCACACCAGUCUCAGCCAUGUCGUUGAUGACGCGCUAUCCCAACCCGGAGAAGGAAGCUACCACGAAGUCCACAAAUCCCGAUUCUUAAAAACCACCCAAUUACCUCAGAUCCUCACACAGUACGGCUUUGGAAAUCUCAAACCCCUCGACGAAGAAUUAUUCCGCCUCGUUGAAAUGCCAUCACCACACCUCUGCGCUGAUCGGCUGGACUACGCGCUCCGAGACGCACUAGCCUUCGAAAAACUUUGCCUCGACCAAGUACAAGAAAUAUAUCAAUCUCUCAAUGCAUUCCCAUCCGCUUCCUCUCCUACCCGCCUCCUUGUUCUCGAGAACCAAAAACACGCACUAGUCCUCGCUCGCGCAUACCAAGCCACAGACCGAGAUGUAUGGUCCAAUCGAGCACAGGCAAAUCUGUAUAAAAGAACGGGGUCGAUAAUUAGGGAACUGGUUUACUCGGGCCGUGUGGAAGAAGAGGCACUCUGGAAUUUAUCCGAUGAAGAUUUCUGGGCAUUGUUGCGCCGGCAGGCGACGCCUGAGAUUCUAGUUGAAAUGGACAAGAUGGAAACACAAGGUCUUCCGAAUGAGGAGGAGUUGCGUUUACCCCGGGGUGCUAAGAUUCGAACUAUCGAUCCGGAUGUUUGUCAGGGUUCGCAGAAGAAUCCCUUGCCUUUGUCGGUUGUUCUUCCGGAAUGGGGUGUAGAGCGACGGGAAUACAUUCUUAGUAGGGAGUCCACGCGAGAAUAG